AUGGGGUGUGGCACCUCUGUCGCCACGGAAACACAAGGGAAAAGAGUGGAAAGAGAUGAAACAGUCCAGAUGCCCAGUCCUGCUCUGACAAUGAAGGCAGCUGUUCUGAUCCAGCGAUGGUACCGUCGCUACAUGGCCCGACUGGAGAUGAGACGCAGAUACACCUGGAACAUCUUUCAGUCCAUUGAAUACGCUGGAGAACAAGACCAGCUACAGCUGUCGAGUUUCUUCAGUUUUAUGCUGGACAGCGUCACUCAGCUGAAUGGAAAUGGGCCAGACCUGAUCUCCCAGCUGCUGGACCCGGUGGUCGAUCCCUGGUUGGACAGAGAGAUCUGCUAUAACCUCAUCCCUGUUCCAGAGUCUUACUCUGGGCCCAGGCUGUCGUUUCCUCUCUCCGUCUCUGACACGAACGCUCUCCUCACUGCUUUUAAGGAACAGCAGACUCUACAUGCCAGAUACCUUCUGCAGCUGCUGUACGAGACCAAAAAGCUCCUCAAACAGAUGCCAAACAUCACCCACCUGUCAACAUCCUACACCAAAGAGAUCACUAUAUGUGGUGAUCUGCAUGGCCGGCUCGAUGACUUACUUCUUAUAUUUUAUAAGAAUGGCCUUCCCUCUGCAGAGACGCCGUAUGUAUUCAACGGGGAUUUUGUGGACCGUGGGAAGAAGUCAGUUGAAGUGGUCGUCCUCCUGUUCGCCUACCUUCUGCUCUACCCGGACAACAUGCACCUGAACCGAGGAAACCACGAAGACUACAUCAUGAACCUCAGAUAUGGCUUCACAAAGGAGGUCAUGCAGAAAUACAAGACUCACGGCCGUGAGAUCCUUCAGCUGUUUCAGGAUGUUUUCAGCCUUCUGCCUGUCGCAACGGUGAUCGAUGGAAAGGUCCUGAUUGUUCAUGGAGGGAUUUCAGACCAGACUGACCUGGAUUUCCUCAGCUCCAUAGAGAGGCACAAGGUGAAAUCUGCCCUGAGAUUUCCCAGACGCAGUUUGGAGCAGCUGGACAUCGGCCAGUCCUACAGACUCACCAAGAGACUGAGAUCAACAGACGGCUCUCGUCCCAGCAGCAGUCGCAGCCACAGCAAGAACCAAAUAACUCCGAAGCAGAGGAAGAGGAGGUGUGGGCUCAGCCGACAAGACAGCGUCACCUCCACUUCUUCCUCCUCGUCAUCCUCCUCCUCCUCCUCUUCGCUCUGCUCUCCUCGAACUCCGUCCUGCCUUUCACCUCGCCCAUGUUCAUCUUCUCCCAAUGUGCCCUACUCCAUCAAUGUCCUACAAGUGCCUUUCCUGGACUCUCUCACUUCUGUUCCCCUUCCAUCACCUCCACAGAACGAACAGGAGUGGAAACAGAUAGUGGAUGUUUUGUGGAGCGAUCCCAAAACCCAAGAAGGCUGCAGCCCCAACACCUUCAGAGGUGGAGGCUGCUACUUCGGCCCCGACGUCACCCAGCGGCUGCUGCUCCAACAUGGACUCCAGCUGCUCAUCCGCUCUCACGAGUGUAAACAGGAAGGAUACGAGCUCUGUCAUGGUGGUCAGGUGAUCACCAUCUUCUCGGCAUCAAACUAUUAUGAGGAGGGAAGCAACCGUGGUGCGUACAUCAAACUGGGCCGAGAACUGGUUCCCCGCUUCUACCAGUACCAAGUCAGCCGCACAACUCGCAAACUUACCCUGACACAGAGAGUACGAGCAGCUGAAGGUUCUGCUCUCAGGUCCUUAAAGGAGAAAGUGUUCGCCCAUCGCUCUGAGCUGAUGACAGGCUUCCAGGAGUAUGACCGGAAUUACACCGGUACUGUGUCGGUCAGUGAAUGGGCUCUGGUGCUGGAGUCAGUGCUGAGACUGGACCUGCCCUGGAGGACGCUCCGUCCACAUUUAGCCCGGCUGGCAGCAGAUGCCAGCGUGGAGUAUAUGUCCUGCUUUGAAGACAUGGGACCAGGAAUUCCUCUACCUCAGGUGACUCCAAACUUGGCUGAAACUCUGUUCAGAUACAGGACAGACAUCGAGAUAAUAUUCAACAUCAUAGACAAAGAUCACUCAGGUCUCAUCUCCAUCGAGGAGUUCCGUCACACCUGGCGCCUCUUCAGCGCUCACCUGGGGGUUGCCAUCGAUGACAGCGCCAUCGACGACUUGGCCCGAAGCAUCGACUUCAACAAGGACGGCAGCAUAGACUUUAAUGAGUUCCUAGACGCCUUCAGAGUGGUGCACAAACUGGACAGCAAGGAUCCGCAUCUAAGCGAAAAGAUUGGUCGAAAGAAGUAUUCAUAA